AGAGAAACAGAGGAAGAGGGAGAGAGAAGCAGAGCAGAAGACACAAAACUUGUGAUUUGACAAAAGAGGGCAGGUACCAGAGGCAGGACAAUGAAGGCCGGCGCGGAACUCUUCUCUGCAUUGGCUCUGUUCCUCCUGAUUGGGGCAGUGUUCACCCAGAGAAGCAGUGUUCGGACAAAGAAGCCCACCAGGCGCCCAGUUACCACCAGGAAGCCUUCCGUCCCCAAGCCUGCUGAACCGGCGCAGCCAGAGCCCCAGGAGCCUACAGACUUCCCCCCUCCCAUCCUCGGCCCACCCUCCAUCUACCCUGACUGCCCCCGAGAGUGUGUAUGCUCCCCGAGCUAUCCCAAUGCUCUCAACUGUGAGAACCACAACAUCCGUGUGAUCCCUGCCAUCCCAUCUAGAACCCACUACUUGUACCUGCAGAACAACUACAUCUCAGAAGUGACGGCAGAGUCUUUCCUCAACGCCACGGAGAUCCGCUGGGUCAACUUGGCGAAUAACCGCAUUCAUCGAAUAGACAAAAAUGUGUUUGAGAAGAUCCCAGCACUGCUGUACCUCUAUGCACAGCGUAACAACCUGAAGGAGGUCCCCGCUGGUCUCCCAGCAAGCCUCGAACAGCUGCGCCUCGGUAGGAAUCGUAUUUCUAAGAUCCCUGCCGGUGCCUUCAACAAGAUGAGAAACCUGACUCUGCUCGACCUGUACCACAACCAGCUGAGUGACAGUGACCUAGGAAAGAACACAUUUAAGGACCUGAAGAGCCUCAUGCAGCUCAAUCUGGCUCACAACGUCCUGAAAAAGAUGCCUGCUGGCGUACCUAAUACCCUCAUUCAGCUUUUCCUGGACAGGAAUCGUAUAGAUGACGUCCCAAAAGGCUACUUCGAAGGCUUCACCCACCUGGCGUUUGUGAGGCUGAACUACAACCAGCUGAGUGAUAAAGGACUCCCCAAGUCUGUGUUCAACAUAACCACCCUGCUGGACCUGCAGCUAGCACACAACCAGCUCGCUUCUGUUCCUCUCUUCAACGGUCACCUGGAGCACCUGCACCUCAACCACAACACCAUCGAGAACAUCAAUGGCACCCAGAUCUGCCCAUACAGCCUGCAGGCCGACCAGAGCGAUCUCAGCGUGGUGCCCCGACUAAGGUACCUGCGUUUGGACGGAAAUCACCUGAGCCCCCCCAUCCCUCUGGAUGUCAUCAUGUGCUUCAGACACCUUCACUCUAUUGUCAUUUAGGAGAACUGUGACAAAAGGCCUAAUGCACACACGAACACAAACCACACGCACACACACACACAGACACACACAGACACACACACACACACACACACACACACAGAGAGUAACUGUGUGCAAACAGAAAUAAAGGCAAAGUAUGAGCAGUGAAAAACAAGGUAUAUGCAACCAUACAUACUGUGGAACCGCGUGAGUGAAAGUGGGACAAAUAAAUGAAAAAACUGUAAAGCUUUGAUUUCAGUGCCAGACGUUACAUUUUAUCAUUCAUGUUUUGUUUAUAGAAAUACAAUGCAAAAAAAAAAUAGAAUGAGUAAAGCCUGAAAACGCAGGUACAUUGACAGACAUGCUGCACUAUGGAGGGUAGUUAAGUUCACUAGCAGAUGUGACCAGAGUGGAGCUGCCAACAGGGACAACACAUACACCUGCAGUGGAUAUCAGAAAAACCAGAUUAAAACAUAACUACCAUGUAGUUCAAACUGUCUCAAAUGUGCCUGUGAUUCUCAAGGUACUCAAUGUAAAAAUUUCAUUUUAUUCUUUUUAUUCUUAGUCCUGUAUAUUAUUCUUCUGUAUAAAGAAGCUUUGUACAAAUAAUGGAAAAUAAAACUUUUUUCUUUGA